CUUCGCCAACCAUUCUUAGCAGAAAAUCCAUUGAUGUGCGAAAUGAUGACGACGUUCUGGUUCUCUCCUAAGUCAAAAUUAAAAACGAUCAUUAUGAAAAAGGCAAACAAGUCUAAGAGCCGUGGUAUUCGGUUCGUGUCGAAUAUCACCCCAACCACACAUGGGCCUGGCUCUCGAACGUUUCGUGCCGAAGAUAUCUCAUUUCAAAUUAUCAACAACGAGCAGCUGCACACUGCUUCUGCACCUUACGAGUUGACAAUAGAGGUUGACGAAUUAAUUUACCCAUCAACAAAUUCUCGCCGCUCGAAAAAAACCAACGAACCACCCAGGCCUCAAAACAGUUUCCUUUUGUUUCGCAAGGACUUUGAAGCUAAAUACAGGUCCAUCCACCAAGAUGAAAAAAUUACUGCCGACAAAAUUUCAUUUUUAGCUGCUCAAAAGUGGAAUGAACAACCACCUUUGGUGAGAAUAUUUUUUAGACAAUUAGAAGACAAGGCCCUCAAGAAACACAAGGAAAUGUUUCCAACUUAUCAAUAUCAACCUCAUAAGAAAAGACAAGAACUCAAAAACAAUAGUUUAGUGGAAGCUAACUGUAUAAAUUUUUGGACUUUGCCGCCACAAAAUGUUGAAACUUCUGGACCAUCUCCGGAAACAUUAUAUUCAAGCACUACAAAUGCAUUCUAUACUAACUCACAAUACGACUCACAAGAUUACCUACAAAACGUUGCAAUUACCGGACCAUCUCCGGAAUCAUUAUUCUAUCCUAACUCACAAGACGACUCACAAGAUUACCUACAAAACGUUGAAAUUACCGGACCAUCUCCGGAAUCAUUAUUCUAUAAUAACUCACAAGAUGAUUCACAAGAUUACCCACAAGAUGACCCACAAGAUUACCCACAAGAUGACCCACAAGAUGACCCACAAGAUGACUCACAAGAUGACUCACAAGAUGUAGACUCACAAGAUGACCCACAAGAUGACCCACAAGAUGACCCACAAGAUGACUCACAUGAUGACCCACAAGAUGUAGACUCACAAGAUUACUUACAAGAUGUAGACUCACAAGAUGACCCACAAUAU